AUGGAAGACUCUCGCUACGGGCUGAAUCAAACUGAGCAGCUAACUACCCACCAAGAGGAAUUGAAGCAGGAGCUGCUGAAGUAUUAUCAAUCGUCGCUUAUUAUUAGCUUGUUGAAACAAUCCGAUGCUCCCAUUUCUAAAGAAACCCGGGCGCUGCUGUCAAUGUUCAAACACGACGGUGAUAUGCCUUUGGGACUGGAUCACAUACGUAACGUUGACAUUAGCUACCACGACCGGGUAGACAUUGGCAAGUACAUCGAAACCAAAAUCACCGAACAAGUGCGACCAUUCGUUGACAGAGCAAGGCGGUUCUGCGGCGGUGAUCUGGUGGAACUAUCCGUCUCGCAAUUUCAAGAGCAGUACGCAAAUCUUCAGCUUGAUCAUGAACGCCAGGAAUUAACGGAUAAGUUGGCACAGCUAAAAUCGCGUAAAUUGCACCUCAUGAAAGCCUGUGCCGAAAUUCGCACCGGACCGUUACAGCGUAUGAAUGUUGAGCUGAAGCACGCCGAGGCACGUUCCAUACAGAGCAAGACCAAAUUAUUGCAAAAAUUAUUAGAAAACGAGAUAGUCAAUUGUACGCCACAUGCCGUAAAAGCUAUAAAGGAGGUGGGUGCCUACGUCAACACACUGCUAGGAAAUGGUAAAUAG